CCCAGUCUCAGCCGCACCUUCGACUUCUGCCAUGGAAGUUUCAUGACGAAUUGAUCAUCGAUCACCAUGAGGCCAAUUUUGUCACAGCAUUGAUCUGACGCUUCUGGAGCCCUUGAUAACUAUAUCAAGUCAUCCAUCAUGGAGGUUAUCGGGUGCAUCUCUGCCUGUUUGCACCUCGCAGAAGGAAUAGCCAAGCAGGUUGACAAGUUCGCGUCAGCACCAAAACAUAUCCGUCAUAUUUCUUCCGACGUUGCACUCGUGGGAAGAGUCCUGCAACAAUUGCAUAGGACCUUGGCUUCAAUGCAUCACAAUGGAAGACAGGUAGAUUUAAGCGCAGAUGCUCGGAAGCUGACUUUGGAAUGCACAGCGAGAUGCGACUCGGUAUUUCAGGAUGUCAGAAGGAUAUUGACCACAAUUGGCGGGAAAGCGUCGACCAUAGAUCCAAGCACGAAGCUCACAUUCAUACAAAAGGCAACGUACAUGUUCUACGAAAAAGACUUGCGCGACUUGCGAGACGAGCUCAAAGGAGCCAAGCAGAACAUCGUUCUCAUCAACUCGGUGAACCAGAUAGCUCUUUCAAUGAACGAUCCAGUGUAUGUUGGAAGCUUCAAAUCGUGUCAUGUAGCUAAUAGCAACAGUCGAUACAACAACAAUUGCGGAGCAAUGGACGAGAUGAGGGUCAUGCUUCAACUCAUCUAUGACAACCAGCAUCGUGGCGUGACAACGCUGCCAUCACAGGAAACAACAGUACCACUGCUCCCGAUAGAUCCAGUUUAUGGCCACGAAGAGCCUCCUUAUUUCACUCCGAAUCGUGGCUUUGGCGUUCAGUCUAAUCAAUCAAACCAACCCAAUUCUGCUGAGCAGGCCCCAAGUCAGCCGAACUUCGCGCCGAUGGAAUGGCCAAAUGCGAUCAUGCGAGUUCACCGGAAUAUGGUGUCUGUGGGCUGGUUGAAGAGAAAUGAAAUUCGCUGGGUGAAUGACCCUUACGAGAGUUCAAUGAUCGACAUACACGACAAAUUGUCGGCGACACAGUUUCAAUACAUUACCAAUCGCGCCAAGUCUCACCCUGCUGUCUCUGCCGAGGGAACAGGAAAUCAUAAUGUGGGCUUCCGUUUCUCAAAGGGGCAACGAAGAAAUCAUCGCACAAUUAACAAGCAACACUAUGCGCGGCAGUCUGGCAAUCCUACUGGUUCAUCGCACUAUUCUAGUCACGGAGGCAAGGGGGAAAAGGAGACGAAGUAUCGAAACGAGGACAUCGUGCAGCGUCAUGGUGCAGUACCAGUGUCGCCUUCUCGGCUGAAGUAUCGUCGCGGGUCUACAACUGUCCCCCAAGCAGAUGCCAUACUUUCUGAUGCUAUGCGAAACGCAUGUGUUGAUACUGGAAAGGAGCGUCGAAGGUGCGAAAAGCUGGCCAAAGAAGAGGGGGAAAGGCGGAAGCAAGAAGGCCACGGCGAUGCCGAAAAAGAGCCUCGGAUUCCCAAGUCCCCGUGUGAACCACCUGCGUACGAUGCACAUAGAUUUCCAGGCGAUAAUUUCAGUGAUUCCAGCACAUUUUCGGCGCAUGAAAUUGACUCGUGUGGCGACUUGUCUGAUUCCGAUGAAGAGGAAUAUAUCGACAGGCUAGCAUCCGCCUGGGCCACCACAGUGGUCGAGCGGGGGUCUUCCUCUACAGCGGAGUGCAGUAACACUACCAAGUCAUGUCAAGUCACAUUUCUUAAAGGUCAAACAAUUUGGCAAUGCCAUACUUGUGGUUCUGGCGACGACGUUGACUUUUGUGCCUCUUGUUUCAGAGCCACUGAUCAUGAAGGACAUUCGAUCUCAAAGAAAAAGUCUGACAUGGAUGGACGUUCAUGCGAUUGUGGUCGUCCAGAGCUGGUGCUUCGUGAGGUAAAUUGCGCUAUACAUGGGAUUGUGAGGCCGUUAUCUCAGUGACACUAGCUCUUUCAGCUAUGACUGUUGUACGCCCGUAAGGACUCGGCGACUUGUUACCGAUACCGUUGAUAAAUAAACUAAUGCCACAAACCUGCUCAGCAAUGGUAGAUGCUUCGGUUUCGAUUCCAAUGCUGAGUCGAAUUCCUAUUGAAUGAGUUC